AUGUCAAUUGCAAAUGCAAAAGGAUAAUCAGGUUAAAGUGAUAUGACAACACAAAGGAGAAAAAAUGAAGCUAAUUUGAGGGUGGCAUUGCAAUACUACUCUUCAUGUGGAAAAUUAUAAGAUGAUCAUUCUCUAGAAUAAGUAACUCCAGGGUUGGCUACUUUGGAAUUCAUGAAACGUAACUGCCCUGAAGGAACAAAGCUGGAGGAUUUUUGUAUACAAUCUGGGCAAUUUUUUGAAUUUGAAUAAUACAAAUAUGGUGACAUUAUAUUCCACUACGGCGAUGUGGGAGAUAAAGUUUAUGUGAUUCUCAAAGGAGAGGUUGCAGUCUUAGUACCAAGAUCCGAGAGUGAAAUAGAAGCAGAAAGGGAAGAGAUCAGUUAGGCUAAGCAACCUUUUGAAUUCGAAGCGUUUUGGAGAAAUAAGAAGCCUUUGAAAUAAAUUUAUAUAGAAGUGAUGCUAUCAUAGUUGAACUCCAGUGUGUAUUUCCAGGAGAAUGUUUGCAUGUUUAAGAAGGUUUUUUAAUUUUAUUCUGGGUAAUCGUUUGGAGAUGUCGCUCUGAUUUCCGAUAAACCCAGGACUGCAAGUAUCUUGGUCACAUCUGAUCAAAUUUAUCUAAUUAGCAUGUGCAAGAAGGAUUUUAAGAUCUUGUGUGAGAAAUCAGUUCUGGAGAUGAAUUAAACUCUAGACUACUUCGUUAAAUUGUUCCCUAGUGUUGGGAGAAUGCAAAUAACUAAAUUCAUAUAAUUCUUUCACAAGAUUGAGCUUCCUCCUCAACAGUGGUUAUGGAGGGAAGGAGAACAAGUCAAGUUUUUCCUAUUGAUUCUUAAAGGAAGAGUCGAAGUCAAAUAAUAGUAAUUGCCCUUAUAUCAAGUGUCCGAUAAUUCCUUCAUUGGUCACGAGGAGAUCUUAGAAUGUAUGCCUUUUAGACAGUAUACCUGCAAAACGUUAGACAACACCACUGCUUAUUAUAUGGAAUAUGAGGAUUUCAAUAGUUCUAGAAAGACAUCUCCAGACAUUGUUAAGUUAUUGAUAGAAAAAGCAAAGUUAAUGACUUCAUAUCUUGAACAAAGAAAAGAAGAAGUAAAGAAAGGACAGAUUUAUGUGGAACCAAUUUGCUUGCCAGUAGAAAGAAGAUUAGUGAAAGAUAUGUUUGUAAUUAAAUCUCCCAGAAAAAAUGAGGUUAGAUCCAAUCAACCGAAAUGUUUAAGUUAUUUUGACAUUACAAAGUUCAAUAAAUAGAAAGCUAAGCCAAAUAAUACAAAUUAAUAAUAAUCUAUUUCAGAGGAUUUAUUCUUCUCCAAAGAGAAAAACAUUAAAACAACAAGAUCUCCAUCUUAUUUAACUCAAAAACUUUCGCCAAUAAAUAAAUAGAUGAAAGAGAUUUUGAUGAAAAAGUUUAAGUUGAAUUUCAAAUUUAAUGCUUUACAGUCUUUUUAAAUUAGCUCCUGUAAGUCAGUUCAUGAAUUCGGUAGUAAGAGUCGAUUUAAAACUGAACCAAGUAUUGACAAUUGA